GAUAUCCAACGCUUUCCUCCUCUCCCUUCUCCUGAACUCGCUGGUAUUUACUGCUUUUGCUUCAGACUCGCUCCGUGACUGCGAUGCCUUUGUAGCUAGUACGCCGCGAUAAACUCAGCGGCCCGGCUGCGCAUGCGCUACGACGCAUCCUUCCGAGAGUCGUGGCUCCCGGUACAACCCACAAACAUCUGCGCAGUCUCUUCUCGCUGACUCAAAUCCAGCGACGUACGGGACGCAAUGAUGGUAUUCCGGAGAUGAGUCACUACGCAUACACACCGCAGUACUCUGGCGACGCGCGUCGCCAUCCGCUCCCGACACGGCUCCGGGCGAAUCAUAAAACGACUGCUGCGGCUGCGCUUCUGCGAGAAGGUAUAAAAGGGUCCCUCCAACGCCCCCUCACCCACCUUUCGAUAGCACAUCUACCAUGUCCAACGUUACUUUCAAGUUCAUCAACUCGUCUGACGGCUUUAGCCGUCGCAUGUCAUUCCUCGCUGUGCCCACUUGGGCCAAUCUUUCCGGUAAGCUUGAGAGCUGCUACACCAUCCCUAAGGACCGCAUCGUCAUCUCGUACAUCGAUAUCGACGGCGACGACAUUGUCGUCAGUUCGGACGAGGAGCUCCAAGACUGUAUUAAGUCAGUCGCCUCCGCUGUUGCUGGGGGCGACGAUCAGUCUGGCGAGGCUGCAAAGGUCGUGCGCUGCAAGGUCCACGACCUCAGCGUCCUGCGUAGCGCCGGGACAGAGAGUUCCUCUACUCGAUCCUUUGUCGCAAUUGAUGUCAACAACGCCUCUGAGAUCGCGUCGUCCACUACCGUUGAGUCCACUGGCGAUCCUGCCGAGUCAGGUAAGGAGAAUGAAGUAGAGAUGGAGAAGGGCAAUGAUAAGGAUCAAGGCGAUACCAGCGGCGCGCAGAACAGGUAUACCAUCUCCAUGUCAUCUUUCACAGUUGUCGGCGAUGCUGACGACAGCUCUAGCACCACUCAUACACGCGCUAACCAAGAAGCUGACGCUGAGUCCGAUGUCGUCGACUACAUGGAGAUUGAUCGCGCUCUCCGGGACGUUGACGAGAUCAGCGAAUCCAGCAUCUCUGGCGACGAUGAGGACGAUGCCGACGUGGCGCUCCUCGUUCUCGACCUCACCGGCCGCCCUCGCUUCGGCCGCCACGGAUACAAUCGUCACGGGCACCACCAUGGUCACCACCACGGUCACCACCAUGGCCACCACGGCUUCAUGCGCGGUGCCUUCCGCUUCGACCCGCGCGGCCGUGGCCGUGGCUUCGGGCCCAUGUCCUCUCCGUUCAUCCCGCCGACCGACUCGCCCGCCGGCCCACCGCCGCAUAUGUUCGGCAUCUUCCACGAUUACCGCGGUCGUAUCCGUGGCGGCUUCACCCGCGGACGCGGUGGGGGCAGGGGCGGACACCAUGCACACGAACACCGUGCACAUGGGCCUGGGCAUCAUGCACACGAACAUCAAACGCCCUCGCCUCCCCCGCCGCAUCAUCAUCAUCACCAUCACCACCACUUCGGUCCGACUGGCAUGCCCAUGCGGCCCCCGCCCCCGCCGGGCUUCUUCCCUAACAUGCAGCCUGCCUCGCCCAUGACAGCCCCGCCCGCUGCGGCCGCCUAA